CUUCUAGAAGUUUCUAUGCCCGGCGUCUUUUUCAUGCGGCUGCUACUUUCUCAGGCGCAAAACUAAGGACAGACUGUUCUUUUCUUGAUUUAUUUAAAAUAAAUCAAUUUAGAAUAAAAGAACUCCUCUCUUUAUUCGUUUAAAAGUUUAUUUACGGUCUGUCUGAACAAUUCGGACAGAAAUUGGAGGUUGACGGCGGAGCGGCGACACACUGCUGGGAAAAUGGUUGUAUGAAGAGCGGGAGAGGAGCUGACCGCUGUUUGUGAUGGGUAAAGAUUAUUAUAAUGUGCUCGGGAUACCCAAAGGUGCGUCCGAAGAGGAGAUAAAAAAGGCGUACAGGAAGCAGGCUCUUCGCUUUCACCCGGACAAAAACAAGUCGCCCAAAGCCGAAGACAAAUUCAAGGAGGUCGCCGAGGCUUACGACGUCCUCAGUGAUGCCAAGAAAAGAGACAUUUACGACCGAUUCGGAGAAGAAGGAUUAAAAGGUUCUGCAGAGGGUGGAGGACACCCCGGUGGGCCCACGUUCAACUACACCUUCAGCGGAGACCCUCAUGCCAUUUUUGCAGAGUUCUUCGGAGGCCGCAGCCCUUUUGAUCACUUCUUCCCUACAGCUGGGGAUGAUUUUGAUCCCAACGAUCCCUUCGGUGCAUUCGGCAUGGGUGGGAUGGGUGGGUUUCACAGAGCCUUUAAACCCCAUCCUGGUGGCCCUCACAGGGCACACGAGAAAAGGCAGGACCCUCCGGUGGUGCACGAGCUGAACGUGAGCCUCGAGGAGGUUUUCGCCGGCUGCACAAAAAAGAUGAAGAUUUCCCGCAAGAGACUGAAUCCUGAUGGCUGCACCGUGCGCAAAGAAGACAAGAUUUUAACUGUGAACAUCAAACGUGGCUGGAAGGAGGGAACGAAGAUCACUUUUCCCAAGGAGGGCGACGAAACCCCCACUAACAUUCCCGCCGAUGUGGUGUUCGUGGUCAAAGACCGACCCCACCACAUGUUCAGAAGAGAGGGAUCGGAUAUAGUUUAUCCUGCAAAAAUAACACUCAGAGAGGCGUUAUGUGGAUGCACAGUCAAAGCCCCCACAUUAGACGGCAGGACCAUCACCGUUACCUCCAGAGAGGUGGUCAAACCCGGGAUGAAGAAGCGCAUCACCGGAGAAGGGCUUCCGUUGUCAAAAUGCCCCGAGAAACGAGGCGACAUGAUUUUGGACUUCAGCGUUAAUUUCCCCGACAACCUGGGCCAGAACACACGGAAUGCGCUCGAGGAGAUACUUCCCAUGUAACGGAAAGUCGAACGCAGCGCCUGAGAAGUGGACGUUUCCAGUGUCGCCGCGAGGGCUCGGCCUCGAUGACGGAGCAGGCGUUACUCCAGCUGAGCUGAGUCUCUAAACUAAAGCAGCUCUGUGAGGGAGAGAGUGAAAUUACACAAACUUAAAGUUGUGUUUUUAAGGUUGUUUUUAAAAAAGUUAAUCAAACUGCACAACGUGGAGGUUUGAUUUUUGGGAUGAUGUGGUUUCACAGCAGGCGUUUGUGCUUUGAGGUGACGUGCAGCUGGCUACCUAAACCUCAGGUGCACUGACGUAUGCUUGAGCGUAAACGGAUACAAGCAACUUUUGUGUGGAUCCUGAUUGUAAACAUUGUAGGUAUCUGCACCCAAACUAACCUGCUUACAAAUAUCAGCGUUAACCAGCCUUUUGUUCUUUAGUUAACUACAUAAAUUUAAUUGUUAGAGCUGGGAAAAUACACCUGAAGUCCUUCUAUAGCUAAAAUGCUAACAGGUGUAUGGGUACCCAAUUAUGAAUAAUGUGUUGGAGCUGCACAUGCACGCAGCAGAACCCAAACAUGAGCGGAUUGAGCGUUGGAUAUGGUUUUACAUGGAGAAUAGGUUUAAAAUUUUAUAACGGGAAACUCAGAUCAAUGAGAUAUUUAAAAAAGGCACGUUAAAGCUGUUUAUUUUUAUACAAAUAAAAAGUUUUAGUAGUUUUAGUUCUUGUUGGAAACUUUUUUGUGCCAUACAGUUGUCCCCAUGACAUUAAAAUGUGCGUGCUUCCAAAGUAUCACAAGUCUUGUGUAAUUAAUGAUUUUAUUUAUAUACAUAUACUCUUAAAAUGUUUUAUGUAAACGUUAUGUACUUGGAUUGCUCUCUUUACAGCCAAGUUAAACCAAAAGCCAGAGGUUAGUUUUUUUGUUUGUUUAAAACAAAUUUGGUGGUCAACUAAAUAUCAAGACCUCUACGAAGCAAAAAUCUUUUAUUUUGUUUAUUAAAGACGUGAAUCAACUUUAUUUCCUUUUUUUUUUAAUCUCACCACAGCAUUCAUUCCAAGAUUUACACACUGAAAAUUAGUGUUACAUUUUGUUGAAAUACAAUUUGUUGGACCGUGCUCCUGGUUUAAAGGUGGUAUUUAUAAAAGUUAUUCAAUCGGGAAAUUUAAUUUUGUGUGAUCACUUGUUGCUUCCCUUCAGAGGAGGAGAUGCAUCAUCUCAUUUUUUGUAUGUGAAAAGGCUGCUUAAGGUUUUUUUUUUCCUUUUUGAAAGGAAACUUAAUUGCUCUUGUUGUACUUUUUGUUUAUAAUAAACUGUUUACUGUUGACUUUAUCAACAAGGCUGUUGAAUUGUUGGGUAGUUUUUGUGGUUUGCUCAGUUGGAAUGAUUUACAUUUGCACAUUAAAUAUUUUUUUUGAAAA